AUGUCAUUACAGAAACACAAGCGCUCACGUCAAUCAUGGGAGGGCUCUUUAUCAGACCGUGUUUACAGCUAUGAUGAUACUCCAUUAUAUACCAUUGAUGACAACCCAUCACAACGGGACAAGUCCUAUCGGAAUGUUCCCAGCAUUCCCAAAAUCCCCAAUCCUCCACCUCUCAAGUUAGAUGUGCCACUUAGGGAUGAGGGGAAGGAGGACAAAGACAGUAGCAAAAGUGAGGAAGACAAGAAACUUAAUACAGAGGAUAAAAAAGAAAACAAGAAAUUUAAAGAGGACAAAAGUCUUGAUGGGAAAGGUGAAAAGGAAGAGGAAUUGGACAAUGGUAGGUUUUAUGAGGCAUAUGAUAAAGACAAGCAUUCCAAUCGUUUUGGGAAGGACAGUGGAGAAAAAACUGGGUUGAGAAAGGAAGACAAAAAGGCCAUGUCUGAGGACAAACGAGUUAACACGAAAGCAGUGGUGACAGGCAAGGAAGAAACAGAAGCAUCCUUAGACGGUGAUCAGAAAGACAAAACAUUGACAACAGGCAAAGGAGAGAAGGAGGUGGUGAAGGAGGACAAAAAUAAAUUGGGCAGAGAAAUGAAGGUAACUGACGAGACUAUGGAAGGAUACCUUAUAGAAGUUUACGGAGAAAAAUAUCCAUAUGGCAUUUUCGACGGUUCAUAUAUAAAAUUUGAAGGAGUAAGAAAAGGUGUGAAAGGUGACGAUAAAGGAUUUGGUAAGGAUUCAGAUAAAAAGGCAUUAAAAAAGGAAGACGGUAGGUCAUCCUUCAAAGUAACCAAAGUGGACAAAAGUUUUAAGGAGGCAGAUAAACCAGAGUCAAAUCAGGGCUUAAAGGCAACUGAUAAGAGUUUCAAGGAGGCAGAUAAGCAGGACAAUAGUUUCAAGGUAGCAAAUACACAAGACAAGAGUUUUAAGGAAGAUGAUAAGCAAGACAAGAGUUUCAAGGAGGCUGAUAAACAAGACAAGAGUUUCACAGAAGCAGAUAAGCAAGAUAAAAGUUUCAAGGAGGCUGAUAAGCAGGACAAGAGUUUCAAGGUAGCAAAUAAUCAAGACAAGAGUUUUAAGGAAGCUGAUAAGCAAGACAAGAGUUUCAAGGAAGCAGAUAAGCAAGACAAAAGUUUUAAGGAAGCUGAUAAGCAAGAACAGAGUUUCAAAGAAGCAGAUAAGCAAGACAAGAGUUUCAAAGAAGCAGAUAAGCAAGACAGCAGUUUUAAAGAAGCAGAUAAAGAACAAAUAAGUAAUAACUUUGGUAAGGACAAAGAUGACAAGAGCUUUAAAGAAGAUGGUGAAAUAGAAUUGAACAAUUUUGGGAAAGACAACAAUGACAAAAGUUUCAAAGAAGAUAACAAAAAAGAAUAUGCAAAGUUUGGAAAAGAGGAGGAUAGUAAGAAUUUCAAAGAAGAUGACAAAGAACAACCCAACAAUUUUGGAAAAGAUACUGAUGACAAAAGUUUUAAAGAGGAUAACAAAAAGGGAUUAAGGAAUAACAAAGAUGACAAAGCUCUUUCUAAACCUGAUAAAAUAGAAGGUUUUAAAAAUAAAGACACAGUCAACAAAAUGUUCCUGAAUAAAGAUAAGUCAUUCAAGAAGGAUGAUGAAAAGAUGCAGGGUGACAUGCCUGUUAGUGUGGACGAGGCAGACUUAGCUGAUAGUGUGGACGAGGCAGACUUAGCUGAAAUGAAUCUGUUUGGAGAGGAUGACAAAGAAGGUUUGCACCUAAAACCUGAGACUGGCCCUAUUAUUGAUGAAUCUGGGGACAUAAACCUCCAACGACUGACCCUUCAAGUACAGGCCGGAGAAGCAGCAUCAAACACUGCACAGGCUCCCAUCGUAGAGAUGAAGUCAGAAAUGGACCCAUACAGGACUCCAUUUGACUCCCAGACAAGUCCAAACCCACCCACUACCAAACCCACCAAGGUCACUCCGGUGACAGCAGUACAGGACAGGAACAUGAUUGAAGGACAUCUGGUGGCCAUGUCCUAUGAGACGUGUUACGAGGAUGGUGACUGUGCGACUGGGCGUGUGUGUCUGGAGGGGGUCUGUGUCUGUGGAGAUGAUUCUAUGUGUCUGGGACACAAGAAGGCAGUGUGUGGGACAGAUGGUCUGCUCUACCCCAGCCACUGCGAACUACACCGUCAGGCCUGUAUCCAGGGCCACCACAUCAGGAUCGACCACCAGGCACGCUGCCUAAGUCGACACGAGAAAGGCGAUGGCAGAAAGCCAGAUCUCCUUCAAGGAACCCUGUGUGAGUAUGAGGUACGCCAAGGUGUAGAAGCCAUCUUGUGGGGAAUCGACGUAACUUUCACUAUAGUCAGCACCUUGGAAGAGUGUCUGGAGUCCUGUGACCGUGCCCAGGUAACAGGUCUCUGCGUGGCGUUUGAGUUCUCUGCCUCCACUGGUCAGUGUGCCUUGUACGACAACAAGGAUGAUAUUGUGUACAGACCCAACAUAGACAUGACCUUCUACAAUCAGGCACGCUGCAGGAAGGAAAUAGACCCUCGCUGUGAGUUUGAGGAAGUGCGUGUAUCAGCGGAGCAGGUAUUUGCUACAUGUAACAUCCGUACGAGGACAGAACAGACUCUUGACCAGUGUAAGGAGCAGUGUAAUGGCUGUCAUGCCUUCACCUACGUGCCGGAGAGCGGGGACUGUGAGGUCCACAACAACAAGGCCUGCACCGCCAUGCUGGAUGAGAAGGGUGUGGCCCACUUCGUACAGAAAUGCGAUCAUACCGGGUCCAAGUGCGAGUACAUAGAGAUCAUUCCGGGGAGCGCACCCUUCAUGUGUAGCACCUCGUCUACUAGCACGGAGAACUUAGUCGAAUGUCACGACGUCUGCGUCCUCAGUAGCUGUGAAGCCUUUAAGUACAAGAUGGACCAGGCAGGCAGCUGUGACCUUUACUUUGACAAAUCGUGUAUCAAUAUGCUGGACAAGAGGAAGGAAAACUACUACGUACGCCGCUGUACCAACCCAGCAGAGUGUAAGUAUGAAGAGGUGAAGAUGUCCUCCAAUGACCCGUGCAGUAUUGUGUCUAGUAGCACUGACACCAUUGGCCAGUGUAGAGACGCCUGCAGUGAUUGUGUCGGCUUCAAGUUUGACUACCAGACAGGAGGCUGUAGUCUGUAUAACGAGGCAUCAUGUCUGCCGGACAAAAAACUCAACUUCUACAUCAUCAGGUGCCCAGCAGAGGAACCCAAGGCUCCAGGACUCGGCAGUGAGGAGGACAAGCCAACACCCGUCAACAUCCAGAUCGGAAGCUCUGUGGACAUACCACAGUCACAGAGUCCAGCUCCAGAGGAGACAGGGAAUGAAGUCAUCCCUCAGGAGAACUUGGUGAUCGAGGGAGGGGCCCAAAAGAUGGAACAAACAGUUACGAGUGAUGUCAAGAAGGCAGGACCUGGAGCUGCUGAGAUAACACCAGGAGCUUCGUCUGAGGAGGAGACUCCAUCAGAGGGAGAUUAUGAUGAAGAUGAUGACGAGGAUGUAGAUGAUGAAGAGGAGGAGGAGGAGAAUGAAGAUUACAAUGAUAUGACAGACCUGGAAAAGAAGAUCAUGGGCGUGAAGCCAAUUAUGGAGGCUGGAGAUUCUCUGUGUACAGAUGAGGACUACAUCAAGUUCAAGGCUGACCUGCUGAGAUAUCACUGUGUUAGGUUUGGGCGCAAAGAUUGCGACAAGACACAGGUACCAAACAAAGAAUACAUCGCCACGCUGAUGUUCAGCUACUACGAUAGGGACAUGGACGGAGCCGUGAACACACAGGAACUGUGGGAGACACAAGUAAUCAACAAGUUUGGCAAACUGUCCGACAAAUGUACCCUGGUGGACAUCAUGAAGUUUGAUGACAGUAGAAAUGAUGACGGCAGUAUGGACAAGAACGAGUUUGUCAAGGCUUUCGACAUCCCUGAAGAGGUAAUGAGACAGAAAGUGGAGCUUAUCCCCAUCCUGGCUACCAUGGGUAACGGUCUGGAGAUCCAGUGUGGUAUCCAUCCCACAGAGGGGUCAGAGGUUGUGUGGGAGAGACACACUAUUGAUGUGGCCAUGGUCAGCUUCCCCGACAUAGCUGUUUUCAGCGAUGGAACCCUCUACUUUGACAAUGUUGGAGUACACCACACAGGGAACUACACGUGUUAUGACCGUGACCGUCCGGGGGUCAAACAGAUCCACCAGCUACAUGUCCAGAACAGGAAUGGCACCCUGACAAUCUACCAUACCGACUACCAGAGAGACACCGGCGCUUACAAGUGUAUCGCAGAGAACACUGCUGGAAAGGCUCAGGAUAUCGCCACCAUCUUCAUCCAUAAACCCAACGACACCAUGCUCAGUAAGUGA